GUAAUAAACAGCUACUGAAUCUAAGGCUGGACUCAAUAAACAUUAGUUGGACUGUGGCUAACUGUUUAGAAGUAGUUUGUUAAGAAGCGAGGACGAAGCGUGCAGUGGACGUCCCAAAGAGACUAUCGUCGACGAAAACAUCCAAAAAUUCCACAAAAUAAGACUAAAACAGCCGAGAUAAACCCGAAAUUUUUCGUUGACAUGUGACAAUGGAUGGAAUUCCAUACCGCAGUCCCAUCUACGGUCAGCUAAGUGUACUGCACGUGAAGAACCAACUUCAAAGCGUGGAAUCACGCAUCUGGUGACUGUAUUGGGGGUAUUGAAUAUGCAAUUGGAUGAAAAUCUGUGUUUUCUAAAUAUUUUAGAUAAGGACGUAAUAAAUAUUGAGGAAAAUAAAUGUGACAUGUAGAUGUCACGAUAACGAAACAUCGUCACUGUAAACAUAGGAAUAUGUCUAGAAAAAAACAAAUUUUAGUUCAACAUUUCUCGCUGCUGUGUUAAUUUUCUGUACAAAUAGUAAUCACGUAUUAAUAAUUUGUCGUAUAUGUGUUUUUAUUAGUUCUUUUUCGAGUUUUAUCAUGUGUUAAGUAUAUUAUAAUUAAUUUGCUUGGGUUUGGUUUUUUUUGUUGAAAAAAAAAAUGGUUGCGGAAGGAGAAACAAGACUUUUAAUCAAAGAACCUCCUUCUCCUAUAAGUAUUCUUAAAUAUGGAGACAUAUCUGGAGAAAAUUUGAAAACCCCUAGUUCACCUAGUCAAACGAGCAGGCGAUCUUAUCGACAAAAUAAUGCCUUAAGAAAAAUGAGAAAACGGGCAGUUUUCAAAAACGGAGACUGCAACAUCCUGCAAUCGAGAAUCUCAAAACGACGCCUUAGAUACCUUCAAGAUAUUUUCACAACUUUAGUAGAUUCGCAAUGGAGGUGGACGCUUACGAUAUUCGCAAUCGGUUUCAUAGGGUCUUGGCUUAUAUUUGCACUAAUUUGGUGGUUGAUUGUUUUCACGCAUGGCGAUCUUGAAGACGAACAUUUACCAACGAGACAAGCCGAAUCCAAUUGGUCUCCUUGCGUAUUAAACAUUUAUGGAUUUACUUCGUGUUUUUUGUUUUCUAUUGAAACCCAACACACCAUAGGUUAUGGUGUAAGGACUACAACGGAAGAAUGUCCAGAAGCGAUAUUCAUCAUGUGUCUUCAAAGUAUAUCCGGAAUGAUAAUUCAAGCUUUCAUGGUAGGAAUAGUUUUCGCUAAAAUGACACGUCCUAAACUUCGUACCCAAACGCUCCAAUUUUCCAAAAACGCCGUGAUUUGUCAAAGGGAAGGUUAUUUAUGCCUCAUGUUCAGAGUGGGAGAUAUGCGUAAAAGUCACAUAAUAGGAGCGAGCAUUCGAGCCCAACUCAUAAGGGCUAAAACGACCAAAGAAGGGGAAACCCUCAACAAUUUUCAAACGGAAUUGACAGUGAAUGCCGAUGGAUGCGAAAGUAAUCUCUUCUUUAUUUGGCCGAUGACGAUUGUCCAUCGAAUAGACGAGGAAUCGCCGUUUUAUUUUCUCACCGCUAGCGAUAUACUCAACGAAAAAUUCGAAAUAGUAGCGAUUUUGGAAGGUACUAUCGAAAGUACGGGGCAAUCGACUCAAGCUCGAUCGAGUUAUAUAGCUAACGAGAUAUUGUGGGGACACAGAUUCGAACCUGUCGUUUCUUAUAAUAAAGACAGACAAGGAUACGAAGUUAAUUAUUCCAAAUUCGAUAAUACCAUUGCCAUAGAUACACCUCUGUGUUCGGGAGCUGAUUUAGCAGAGUUUCAUAAAAUGCAACAGUUAUCUGAUAUGGAUAUGAGAUUUCUUUCUCCAAAUCGUAUUUCUCCAAGUAACAGUUUCCUUGUUCAAAGUGCUCCUAUUUCGAGAGUUCCUUCGCUAGAACCUCUUUUCAGAAAAGAACCAUAUUUUGAUGUUUUUUAUAAAGAACCAACAGCUCAAACAGACGAGAUUCCAAAUGUAGAAAAAACACAAAGGAAGAAUAAAAACGUCAAUAAGAGUUUAGAAGAUAAUAAAACUCUUAAAGAUAACGAAAGCAAACGAAAAGCCACUUCGAUGAAUCCUGGGAAGUUGCAGUACGACAUUUUAGAAGAAAAAGAAGACGAACAAGAAGAAGAAGAUAUUGGGAAAUUGAUUUAAAUUGUGUAAAUAAAGUUA